AUGAAGGUGAAGAAUAAGAAGUUCAAGGAGAUGAUAACUAUGAAUACACUGAUACUGACGAGGGAUAUGUCGGGUAUGACACUAACUCACUGUAGUCAUCGGAGUCUCCUAAAAUCACCACUCUCCCUAUUCCAUUCAGUCAAUCAGGGCCUCCUCGUCCCAAAAAAACACAUCUACUUCAAGUCUUCAUCAUCCUCCGAUGGUGCUCAGGUAAAACCCCGUCUUCUACUUCAGAAUAUCAUGAAGGAACCAGUUGGAAGCGAUUCAAGAACGCAGCCUUCGUCUUCCGCUUCAGUUCACUUUGAAAAUUCAGGUCGAUCUGCCGCUACUUUACAUAUCAGAGGAAUUAAUUUCCAAGUGUUCCCAUUUUAUGAUCAGUCAUCGAAGAUGAGUGGACUGUACGAUGGAUGGAAUGAAAUUCUAAAGAUUCAGAAGUUCCGGAGAACGGUGGGAUACACUAUUUUCUUUUCUUUCUCGGCGCUCAUUAGCUAUGCCUACAACUCCAACACGACAAGAGCUGGAUUCUCAAGAGGUGAUCAGUUUUAUGCAUCUUAUCCUGCAGGGAGUGAGCUUUUGACUGAUACUACUAAGUUGUAUAAAUCUGCACUUGGGAAUUGCUUCGAAGAGGAAGAAUGGGGCCCGAUUGAAUGGUCUGUAAUGGCCAAGCAUUUUGAACGUCAAGGGAAAUCACCAUAUGCGUAUCACGCUCAAUAUCAGGCUCACCUUGCUUCUAAUGGAAAUCUUGAUGGAAGUGGCUAGAAUGUAGCAUCCAGCAGGAGUAGGAGUCACAUGUAUUCAUGGAGCAUUUGCAAUUUCAUUAAUACUAAUAUUAAAGAAGCCUGGUACUUAUGAGCUUAUGAUGAAUUGUAAUACAUCAAUGGUGUAACGUUGUGAUCUAGGCGAAUGAGUUUUUAUUGUUACUUUUGGCCACUCUUUCUUGCAAAAAUAUUCCAUAAAUUAGUUUUUUUUA